ACCUUUGGAUGAAGUACAAAGAAAUUUCAUAGAAAUACAAUUUAUUAUUAAUAGCCCAUUGGAAAUAAGGCCAUUAGAGGAAAUAAUGUGCACACAAUCCAAAUUUGUUCGUAUAUUAUUCCCAAGAUCAAUAGAAACCGAAGCCUUAGAGCAAAAAGUAUUGCCUACUAUAUUUAAAAUGAGAAAACUGGAUGGAAUGUAUAAACAAAAUAAAGUUAAUGAUGAAUCGGAUCAAAGGAACAAAUAUAUAUCGACAGCUAAAGGUCAUCCGGUUGGUAUGGUGGAUUCCGCUAGUUUUAAUAACAUAUCCAGAAUGCCUUUUUCUAAAGAAGAGAGAUGUCAGAAGCUAAAAGAAACUGGUGAAAGUGUAACCAAAGAAAGAAGCAAAUUAUUGGCUUCAAGGAGGAAAAUGUCUACCACUACCACCAAUAUAGAAUUUCAAAGCUUUCUGGAUAGUGAUGAGGAGAAAGAAAACAGUCCAAGGAAUACUUCCAUAAAACAACUUUCAGAAAUAUCUGGCAAGGAGCUGAAUCAUAGAAAAGCAAGGCAUUCUGAGAGAAAUGAAGCAAAGAGUUCAGUUGCUGGUAGAAUCUUAUUAGAUAAGAAUGUCGAUCAGGAAGAAAAUAAUGAAAUACUAAAUGAAGAGGUUGCCAGAAAUAAGCAGGAUGUAAAAGAGAAUCAGAAAAUCAUUAAAUCAAACUCUAAUACAUGUUUGAAUUCGACAAAACCUAAAACAAGAUAUCCUAAAAUUUCAACAACUGCAGAGAAAUGUAAUAUUUUUGGGCAUGUUCCUGAAAAUUGUCAUAGUAUGAAUGGUCAUUCUGACAAUGAAUUAAACAGUUACAAAAAUGUAGGAAUAGGUGAAAGUACUCCUGAAAUACAUGGUUCCGCAAAGGUUUUCACUCAUAAAAACUUGUCGAAACAAGAACCCAGAACAGAAGUUGCAAAUUGGAAAACGAACCAGAAUCUGAGUGCAAAUUGUGGGAGAACAAUAAAAGUCUCAGAAUCUUCAAAAAUAUCUGACACGGAGCUGAACCCUACAAAAACAAGGCGUUCUGAGAGAAAUGAUGAAGCAAAAAGUUCAGUUGAUGUUAGAAGUUUAUUAGAUAAGACUGUUAAUCAUGAAGAAAAAAAUGAAGAGCAGCUACUAGUGUUGAGAAUUCUGAGAAUAGAAUUGAAGAAAGGAGAACAA